AUGUGGCCUGGGGCCGUGGAGGGGCAAAUCCAAGAUCCAGCCCCCGGUGCGAGGUGGCGGGGCUCAGGGGCACGGCCCGUGCCUGCAGUGCCCGUGGCCGACAGUCGAGAGCCGGUGAAGAGCCGGGGUAACCAGCGAGCCUGUGGGCGGGGAGGUGGCCGGGGGCUGUGUGCCUCCGGGGCAAGGGGACAGCAGGCUCGUGGCUGCAAGAGCCAGGGGAGCCCUGACCAGCUCUGGCUGUGUCAUGCUGUGUCUCCGAGGGCAGGACCACAGCCGAGUUGGCUACUGGGAUCCCAUUCUGCUCUGCCAGUGUGCGUGGCAGGCUGUCCCUGUGUUCUUUGGAGCUUGCAUGUCCAGGUGCUGGUGACUGGGGAGACUGGGAUCCGGCAGCAGCUACUGGGCAAAUCUAAAUUUUCUGCAAACAAUGGGUCACUUGCCUGGUGCCAGAAUCAUAAGCAGUGUUCAAAGUGCCUGGAGCCCUGCAAAGAAUCCUGGGACCUGAAGAAAAACCAUUGCCAAAGCUUCUGUGAGCCUCUUUUCCCCAAGAAGAAUUAUGAAUGCCUAACUAGCUGUGAAUUCCUUAAGUACAUCCUGUCUGUGAAGCAAGGGGACUGCCCGGCACCUGAGAAGGCCAGCGGUUUUGCAGCUGCCUGUGUUGAAAGCUGUGAAGCUGACAGUGAAUGUUCUGGAGUGAAGAAAUGCUGUUCCAAUGGAUGCGGUCAUACGUGCCAAGUUCCAAAAAAUCUGUACAAAGGUGUUCCACUGAAACCCCGGAAAGAGUUAAAAUUCAUAGAACUUCAGUCUGGAGACCUGGAAGUGAAGUGGUCUUCAAAAUUCAACAUCUCCAUUGAGCCUGUGAUCUAUGUUGUUCAGAGGAGGUGGAAUCAAGGAAUCCAUCCAAGCGAGGAUGAUGCUACUAACUGGCAAACUGUGGCACAGACUACAGACGAGCGGGUUCGGCUGCCAGACAUUCGAGCAAGCAGGUGGUACCAGUUCCGCGUGGCGGCUGUGAACGUGCAUGGGACGAGAGGCUUCACGGCACCCAGCAAGCACUUCCGAUCCUCAAAAGAUCCAUCUGCUCCACCAGCUCCAUCUAAUAUCAGAAUUGCCAAUAUCAGUGCAAACAACGACAGGAGUGUAAAUGUAAUGAUUACUUGGGAUCUUCCAGAAGAGCCUGAUAUCCCAGUGCACCACUACAAAAUCUUCUGGAGCUGGACAUAUAGUAAAUAUGUAAUCCCAGCUAAAAAAAAGAGAAGGAAGAUUACCGAUGGGGCCCAAAAUUAUGUGGUCCUGGAGGGACUCCAACCCAACAGCAACUACAAUGUAGAACUGCAGGCAGUAACACGUUGGGGUCAGAUACGUCUAAAAAGUGCUAAGGUUUCUCUCCAUUUUAGCACGACUCAGGACACCAGGAAUAAUAAGGAACAGACAUCUUCUGCUGGGAGACCCCAGAAAGGACUGGUAGAUCCUUACCCGACAUUUCAAAGAAGAAAACCCACUCGCUUUCUUAAAGUUGGAACUCCUUUCUAUGAGGACAAUCAACUUCAGGUCAAAGUCUACUGGAAGAACAAAGAUAUCAGCAUGAAUCAAUUCCAGGUUCACUGGUUACUGGAGUCCUGUGCACACAAUGACACCAAAGGACUUGGGAAAGUCACUGAGCUGACUUAUGAAAACUACAUGAUUCUGAAGGACCUGUCAUUUUCAUGCAAAUAUAAAGUAACUGUUUUGCCUGCAAAAUCUAAAGGUCAUUUUAAGGCUGAGAGUAUUUUCUUUGUUACCCCACCUUGCUCUGCAUUUAAAGAAAGUUUUAAAUUCAUUUAUAAUCACCAAAUAAAAGUUUUUAAAAUGCCAGUUCUACCCAAAGUCUUGGCCAAACCCGAGAAUCUAUCUGCGUCUUUCAUUGUCCAGGAAGGUAACAUCACUGGUCAUUUUUCCUGGAAGAUAUCCAAGACAGACCUUCACCAGCCCAUGACAGGGUUUCAAGUCACUUGGGCGGAAGUAACCACAGAAAGCCGGCAGAACAGCUUACCCAACAGCAUCAUUUCGCAGUCGCAGAUACUGCCAGCAGAUCAUUAUGUACUUACCGUGCCCAAUCUGAGGCCAUCGAUGCUGUACCGCUUGGAAGUUCAAGUGCUGACGACUGGUGGGGAAGGGCCAGCUACGAUAAAAUCAUUCCGAACACCUGACCUUCCUCCAUUUUCACCCCACAGACCUCAUCUGAAGCAGCAUCACCCACAUCACUACAAGCCACCACCAGAGAAAUAUUAGACUGUUUCAGGUGUUUAUACAAAGAACUGAGAGAAAAACUGAGCUCCCAAAAGGAGGCUAGGAAAAGGCACAUCUGUAGGAGCAAUGAACCCAGUUUUCCAGUGAAAGUUACCAUCCUGUAUGAUCUGUAUCUGCUUCUCUGUGCUUUAGCCAUGAUGAAUUGAGUUUGCACCAAGGCCAGGAUGAAACAUACAGCAAGCAUCAUUUCAGUACCA